AUGUCCAAGUUGCUACGAAACGGCAUCCCGCGCAAGGAGAACGGCAAGAUCGACUUUACGCCCAAGGCGCACCACGGCUUCACCACCUUUAUCUGGAUCCUCGGCUUCAUCCUGCCGCCCAUCGCCGUCCUGGUGCGCUUCGGCGUGGGCAAGGACCUCGCCAUCAACAUUCCCCUCACCGUGGCCGGCUGGAUACCGGGCCAGAUCCACAACUGGUUUAUCCAGAACAUCCGCAACAACGACAAUGCGGCGCGCACGCCAAAGUGGGCACGGCGCUACGGCCUCGUCGACGAGACGGGCUACAAGCGCAAGGAAAAGAAGAGGGCGUGGGUGGGCAAGUACCGCGACCGCGACGGCGAGAGGCGCGUCGCCUGGGACGAGGAACAGGGCCGCAUCGUCGAACUGCCGCCCCUCGACGAGCGCGGAGAGCCGGUACGGGGCACGCCCUCGCAGCCCGUGCUGCAGGAGGAGUUCUACAAUCCGGAUCUGCCCACGCCCUCGCACGCCGAGACCUACGGCGAUGUCGACGCACAGGACGGGUACGGCUCGACGGCGUCGAGGAAGAAGCGGCUUAUCCCGCGCCUCGGCAGCAAGAGGAGCCAGGCCACCUCGCUCCACGCCGACGCAGCCGCCGCCGACGAGGGCUACGCAUCGCGCACCACACCACUUGACGGCGACGAGCUGGAUCGGGAACUGACCGGCGGCGCGCCCGUCUUCUCGCACGCGACCCCGCACUCGGCCUCGCCCUCAAACCGUGCUCGAUCCACAUCUGGCUCAAGGCAGAGACGAGACAGCUCCGAUUCCGACUUUGACGGGCCCGAAGACCCGGAACGGUCCCUCUUUGCACCGCCGCGCUCAGAGGCGGCGAGGCUCGACGCCUACGACGCCAGCAGGCAGAGGCAGCACGCUGCCGGGUUCGACGAUGACGACGGCUUUGUUGAGCAGCAGCGACGCCGCAGAGAGACGUCGUCGGGAGCGGCGACGACGACGACGUCGGCAAGACAACCAGACGUCAUGGACCUCGACCACCAGUUCUAG